ACCCUCCACGUCUCAGACCCUGCUCACUUCUCAAUUUCUUGGACACGACAAAACCCACGUAUAGCCUUCAAACGGUCGAACCUUUCGAACCUUCGGUUUAGGACUGAAACGUUUUUCCAUUCAAUUCAAACCCCACGAUUUCUUCAAACUUGCUUUUUUUUCUGGCUUGUAAUUUGAAAACAAAUCGGAAGCAGAAAUUCUUUUUGGAGGAUGUAGACGAUGCUUUUGAAUUAAACGCGCCAUGAGUUCUUUGAAUCAGCUAGGGAGGCUCGUGAAUGGUCUUUCCUUAAUUGGUAAAGAGAUUGCCAAACGCUCCCAAACGAUCGAGAACGCCAAAAAUGACGAUUUCGAAACCCUAAUAGCUUCUUCUCUCAAAAAGGCUCUAGUUUCGGUAACCGACUUGACAGGUCUAACCAAAGGGAAAGUCCGCGAAUUUUCCAAGCCUAAGCCCAAAGAGUCGGUCGUCUACUUCAACAGCAACAAUGACGGCGGCGGCGAGGACAAUGUAAAUUCUUUCUCAAGCGACGUCGCAGGGGCGAGACCUACCAUAGGCGAAACAAUCAGUUGCGGUAAAGCCGUUAUUAGUAAUGAUCAUCGGAUUCUUGAAGAGAAGGUUGUUAAUGAUGGAUUGGAGAGAGAAUGUGAGUCCAAUUUGGAUAACAAGAGCGAUGUUGACGGCGGGGAAGUGGCGCCAAUGGCGGUGGAGGCGCCAGUUGCUGUGAAGAGACGGAGGCCAAGGGAAAGGAAAGUUCCUGCUACUCCAUUUUCUAGAGCAUUUGGCUUUGCCACUUUAGGAGCUGGUCUUGCUUGGGGAACAGUUCAGGAAUCUGCCAGGAGGCUUGUUUAUGGUUCACCAAACUCAAACGACAAGCAAUCUGCUGUUUCACCAUUCUUGUCUGAAAAAAAUGCAGAAAGGUUGGCCCUUGCUUUAUGUAGGAUGCGUGGCGCAGCUCUUAAACUCGGGCAGAUGUUGAGCAUACAGGAUGAAUCCCUUGUUCCCGCUCCGAUCUUGGCUGCUCUGGAUAUUGUGCGUCAAGGUGCAGAUGUAAUGCCAAGGAGCCAGCUCAAUCAAGUUUUGGAUGCUGAGCUAGGUCCUGGUUGGUCUUCAAAGUUGACUAGCUUUGAUUAUGAACCCCUGGCUGCUGCAAGUAUAGGCCAGGUUCACCGAGCUGUCACAAAGGAUGGUAUGGAUGUAGCAAUGAAAAUUCAAUAUCCUGGUGUGGCAGAUAGCAUUGAGAGUGACAUCGAGAAUGUAAAACUUCUAUUAGAUUAUACAAAUCUAAUUCCUAAAGGACUUUAUCUUAACAGAGCAAUGAAGGUGGCUAAAGAAGAAUUAUCUCGUGAAUGUGACUAUCAGUUGGAGGCAUCUAAUCAGAAACGAUUUUGUGAUCUGCUGUCCAGCCGAGAGGGAUUUUAUGUUCCGUUUGUUGUGGAUGAUAUUUCAAGCAGAAGAGUUUUAACGACAGAACUUGUUUCUGGAGUUCCAAUUGACAAGGUUGCAUUACUAAACCAGGGAACUCGUAAUUAUGUUGGGAGAAAGUUGCUGCAACUAACAUUAAUGGAGCUUUUUGUGUUCCGCUUCAUGCAGACUGACCCUAAUUGGAGUAAUUUCUUAUAUAAUGAGGCCACCAAAACAAUCAAUCUUAUCGACUUUGGAGCAGCUAGAGAUUAUCCCAAACGUUUUGUUGAUGACUACUUGAGAAUGGUCAUGGCUUGCGCAAAUAAUGACAGAGGGGCAGUUAUUGAGAUGUCACAGAGACUUGGGUUCCUUACAGGAAUGGAAUCAGAGGUAAUGUUGGAAGCUCAUGUUCAAGCUGGUUUUGUUGUGGGGUUGCCAUUCUCGAAGCCUGGUGGCUAUGACUUCCGCUCCACUAAUAUUACUCAAAGCAUUUCAAACCUUGGGGCAACAAUGCUCAGGCACAGGCUUACACCACCCCCUGAUGAGGUUUACAGUCUUCAUCGGAAACUCUCAGGUGCUUUCUUGGCCUGCAUUAAGCUCGGGGCUGUUGUGCCUUGCAGGGAACUGUUACUCGAAGUCUAUGAACACUAUCAUUUUGGUGAAGAUGAAGAGAUCUUAUCAAGUGCUGCAGUAUCUUGAUGGGAAUUUUUUUUUUAUUUCACCCGCUUUUUGUUUCCAAAAUUUUUUAAUUGAUUUUUACAUGUGUAAUGAUAAUUUAGGGAUGCGAUUGGUUAAGUGUCCAUCCCAUCAGACAAUAAAUUUGUGGCAUAUUUCCAUAAUUGAAUUAGGUUGAAUCAGAAUUUUCAUCCCUUACAAACAAAGGAAAGGUGAAGGAGAAAGAGUUUGAGUACGUGCACUUUCUGAUACUAAAAUAAGAAAAUAUUUUCUUGGGAUUACUUGUCUACCCUUUGCUUUUAGUAUUUGCUUGAAUUGUUGAAAAGCAAAGCGCGUUUAGCCUUCUUAACUGCAUGGGUGUUCUUCAUGGCUGCUUAGAUUAGGGAAAACGCCGUCUAAUAUUCAAUCGGCUGGGUUGGGCAUAUAUGGUCCUCGAAUCAACAUUUCUAUCAUCUACCAAUAAGAAACCAAUGUGGGGUUCCUAUAUUCUAAAGCUAAAAUCCAGUUCAGUUUGUCGACAGAUAGAGAAUUUGAUGAUAUUUCAUCUAUAACUUGUAAUAUUUGAAAUGGGACGAUCACUUUAAAAGUUAAGGUAAUUAAAUUAUCGUGCUUUGUAAACAGUAAAUACUUGGUGAUUUUAUGUAGUGUGAAAUGGGAGCUAAGUAAGGAGAUGUUUGUAAUGUAACGACUGAUGA